UGGUGGUGGUGGUGGUGGUGGUAAUAGUAGUAGUAGAGUAGUGUAGUAGUGGUAGUGGUGGCGGCGGCGGCAGUGGCAGCGACGACGACUUUGACGGCGUUGGAGGGAGCGAAGGGGAAACGCUGCGGGUUCGAAGUGGGGUCGACGCGAAGGGGACGAGGAAAAGGGGCGGCUGGUCCGACGGUGCUGCGGCCUGACAGACACCGGACGCGUUCAGUCUGCCGUCGAACGUGGUGUGCGACGGAUAGUGUCAAUGAGGGGCGCGGCGUCGCGGCACCCAGGACCGUCCUCGCGAUUUCUCGCGCGCGUCAUCGCGAUCGAGCGAGUGUGAGCGCGAGUGGACGCCGUUUCGUACGUUCGUCCUGUGCCUCCGUCCUGUGUCGUGCGUGUGUGUGCUGUGUGUGUAUGUUCGGAGCUGUGUGGCGCGACGACACAACGAAAGUCAAGUGUCGCCGAGAGAAGAGACGCGGUCGCGCAUACAAGAGAGAAAGACUUGCAAGAGAACGACGACGAGAGUGACGUCCCCUCUGUCGUCACGAGGAAAGCCGCGGAAAGACACGAGAGCCCGUCGUCCUGCGACAUAUCCCGCGACUUUCGCCAACGCGAGAGAACAAGCGACGCGGAGCAGCGCUGACGUUUCUCUCCGCCGCCUGCAGCGGCGGGAACUCGGCCAACAGCCCGUGCUUAUCCCUCGCCAGAUCUCUGUCCUCGCUCCUUCACGCAACCUGCCCCCUGUUCUUCUCGCUCUCUGUCCCUGUUUCCCAUCCUCUCUCACUGUCGGCUUUCUCGUACAUACGUACGUACGAACGAACAAACGAACGAACGAACGAACGAACGCACGCACGCACGCACGCACGCACGCACGCACGCACGCACGUACGUACGCAGCGCGACUCCCCUCUUGCUUUUCCGACCGUGAGACGGAUUUAUGCACGAGGGCGGAGAUCCCUUGACGGUACGUGACGGUGGAUCCUCGGCCGCGAAUAAGGCCUUCGAUGGGCCCCUCGGAGGAGCCCCGCCAACUGGAAGUGCACGCGACGCGACGGUUACGAGCGAUACAAGAAGGACGACGCGAACGCGCGAGAUGAUUUCGGAAGUCAAGGUCGGGCCUGUCUAGACUACUGCCACCGAUGCUACUGCUGCCGAUGACAACUACGACGACGAGUGUAUACCUCGACGUCAUUCAACGUCUGCCAGACAGCGCGAAUGAGCGUACGCGUCAAGCGAACUCUUUGAUAAUACUGGCCGCUCGACGAGAGUGACUCGUCCCUCUCUCUCUCUCUCUUUCUCUCGUUCUAUCUGUUGCUCUCUCAUUCCCGGAAAUCUCUGGGAAUCUCGCUACGAGGCGACAGCAGACGCACGUACUCGCAGGCAGAGUGAGAAAGAGAGAUAGCCUCCUGCCUCUCCCGCCUUCUCCUCCUCUCCUUUCCUUCCUCCUCUUCCUCCUCCUCCUACGCGGCGAUACACCGCAGAGAAGGGGAUAACACCGGCGGAGUCGCGCUGCUCCCAUUAGACGCCCGUUAAACGACCGUAACGCUUAUGGUCAAGUGGGAUCGCCGGCGCGGAGCACCGGAUACAAUCGAAUUAAGUGGGAACGGGGUCGCUUCCUCCUAACGGGCCCCGAUCGAUCGUCGUCGUCGGUGGACCGAGCCACGGGAACCGCGACGACCGGCAGUACUACGGCAGUGUCUCUCUCUCUUGGCGAAAGCGCCGUCGAGAUCUGUUUCUCUCUCCUCCUCUCGCGACGAGAGGAGCCGCCGGGUCGCCGGGGAUCUCGCAUCGGUGGUGUGCCGAGGCAGAGCGUCGUCAUGUUCGCGAGAAACAACGUCGCGUCGCGGUGACGAGCAGUUGAAAUCAGUGGUGAUCGAGUCGGUGCGGUGAAAUCGUUACGACGACGACGGUAAUAGCAACAACGACGACGACGACGACGUCAACGACGACGAGAACGCGACUUCUUCGUGUUGCUCGGAGAACUGUUCGACGGCGGCGCGACAAGGGUGGACGGCGACGAGGGCGAAAGUGGUGUUGUCGUCGGUGGUGCGUUUAUGUCAACUCGACGCCGGCCGUUGGUCAGUGGUUGCUUCCGGCACGCCGACAACCUGGCGGCUCCGUUCAAAUGAAGCUGAGGCGUCGCUACAUGCAGACGCUCGGCGUCUCCGUGAAACAGCUGCGAAAGAAAUUACUCGAGCUGGGCGCGCGAAUCCUCCACGUCCAGAAGUCGAAACAGCGCGACAUGGCACUGGUGAUGCUGUCGGUGACACAAGGAAUGGAGGUCGGCAGCAGCGGACACGGUGCACACGGUGGUCUCGGCGGUGACCCGUCCGGUGGCGGCGGUGUUGGCGGCGUCGGCGGCGGUGCCGGUGGUAGUUCCAACAGCAGAGACAUACAGGAAGUGAUGAUCGCCGCGCAGAGAGAUCGCGCGAUUCGCAUGGGCAGCGUCCGGCAGGAUCUCGUCCUCGACUUGCCGCCGAGACUGCAACUCCCGGACGGCGAGGAGCGUCCGUAUGGGGCGCACAUGGGCCUCCAUCUCCGCGACCCGGAACAGGAGAGCGAGAUUUACCAGAAGUGCGUGCGACCGCCGCCGAAUCGCACGGUGUUCGAUAGCGAGAGCCCGCCGCCUUACCGCAGCCACUCGGGACUGGUGACGGACACGCCCGGUGAGCGGCUGAUGCGGAGCAACAGCGCCGGCAGCUCGCUGCUCAAGGUGUUCCGGAGGUUCCCGCAUUCCGGCGGCUCGACGCCGGCGGCGUCGGUGGUGGUGCCGAGCAGAAGACCGGCCAUGUCCAAUUAUUCCGAGUCCAGUAGUAACCUGAGCAAUCUGAGCAGUAGCAAUCUGUCCAAUCUCACCGUGGUGCCCUGUGAGACCGAGGAGAGCCGGCAGGAGCAGCAGCAACAGCAACAGCACCAUCACCACCAUCAUCAUCACCAUCACCACCACCACCACCAUCAUCAUCACCACCACCAGCAGCAACAACAACAGCAGCAGCAGCAGAACGUCUGAUCCGUGGUAAUAAGACCGUGGGAGAGAACGCGCGGCGACGCCGCAUCGUCGUCCUCUUCGUCGUCACCGGUGACAGGGAGGGCGACAUCCUUCCUGCUCGCGCUGAGGAACGACGCUGUUGCCGUCGUCAUCGUCGUCGUUGUCGUUGUUGCCGCAGCUGCAGCUGCCGUUGCUGCUGCUGCCGUCACCGCUGCUGCCGCCGCUGCUACUGCUGCUGCUGCUGCUGCUGCUGCUGCUGCUGCUGCUGCUGCUGCCAUUGUCGUCGCAGCCGCCGCAUCGCCCGACUUCGAGAACGAGCGAUGGAUCGACGACUGUCCUUCAAGACUGACUCGCGGGAGAAGCUUCAACAUAGGAUAGGUCCCCCGGUCGUGUCCCAUCGUGUUCAGCGAGGAGUAUUGCACAUGUCAACGCGCGCGAUGACUUACUCCGCACGGUGCACGAGACACUGGAAUGGAGGGUAUCCCUGCCGGUGGUAUCCUCGUUGGAUCGUUCUUCCGACGUUCUUAAUAAUGAGAGAGAAUGAGAGAAUGAGAGAGAACGAAAGAAAGAGAGAAAGAGAGAGAGCGAACGAGAGAGAGAAAGAAAGAGAGCGAAAGAGGAUCGUCCGUUCGUGGCCUAAAGGGGAGGGCCGGUGGAGGGUGGGAAGCCGGCUCCGGACUGACUGGAGUGAAAUCGUCAGUCAUCAAAGACUGCGCUCAAUCGCGGUGCGUUGGUUCGCCUGUCCUCUUUCUCCACCGGGGCGGUCGACGCGCCCGCGGCGUCGCCGUCGCCGUCACCAUUGUCGACGACGACGUGUCUCAUUGUGCAAUUCCACACGCGGCCAGUGUCUAGCCUAGAUCUCAGAUUAUUCCAAAGCGACGGUUUUAGCGAGGGUUGGAAGAAAAUCAACAGAGAAUGGGAGGUAGAAAGAGCGAGAGAAGGGGGAGGCAGUCGAGAGAGCCCGGCGUGGUGGAGAACCGCGUUACCAACGCGCGACGCGAAGAAGCGGCCUACCUGGUAGUUGGACGUGAAGAUUCCCCCCUCUGUCCGGGAAUUUCUGGUGAAUACGGCGAAGAGGCUUCACUUCGCGACGGAGCAACGGAUGGGCGAGAUUCACGGCUCGCGCGAUCAGCCGGCGGCACAACAUAGCAGAUUGGAUAUCCCGGCCGCCGGUCGCGCCUUCUCUUCCGGCCCUCGUCGGAGGCUCGAUUCGUCGGACAUCGCGGAAGUUUGUUCAUCGCGACACGAAGACUUAGUAAAUUAUUUAUUGCCGACACACGAUAUUUUAUUCGCGACGGGCGGCUGCUGCGCAACACGCGGCCGGACAGGGCGAGCGGUUGGUUUCGCGCGGUGGUUGGUGGUUUUGUUGUGCGGAGAAACGACAGACGGGACACACACACACACACGCGAGUUGUUGUAUGAGCGAAUCGUUCGAUGCUGAUGAUGAUUAUAACGAUAACGAUGACGAUGAUGUUGAUGAUGAUGAAGAUAAAGAUGAAGUUGAUGAUGAUGAUGAUUGCGUGAGUGCGGCCAGGCGUGCGUACGAGUAAAUGCAACGCGCGCGCGCGCGCGCGCAGAAACGAGAGAAGAGCCGAAGAAAGCGAGAGAGAAAUGGCCUGAUGAUAGGUAGCUGAAUAGAGAUAGGUAGGACGAGAGAGAAACUGUGCAAAGGAGCGCGGUUAAUUGCAGGGUCGAGAGAAGGAAAUACCUGGAGAGGGCAAGAGAAAGAGAGAAAAAAACGAGGGAUUAUAGGAAGAAGAAGGCGUGCACGCGCGCGUUGCGUAUGCGUGUGAGAAGCUAGGAGGAUUAAUGUAGUGCCAAGAGUGAAAACGGAAACUCUGUACAUAUUAGGCUAGGUAGUUCAAUAUCAAUAUACUUAUUACGACUAAAAACGAUAUACUACGUACCGAUUUAAAGGUAAACAUCAAACAUACGUUACAACACGCAUACCAUAAAACACGAGAUGGCCAGCCGUACGAGACCACGACGGGGCGCGCACACGCCUCUGACGAGUGUGCAUUCUUCCGACGAUGUGCGACGUCAAGUGUGUUCUUCUUCGUAGACUGCGUGUACCUCGAGCGAUCGGCCAUGUCAAGUUCUUUACGGCGCAAAGGCAUUUUCGGCUCACGCUACGCGAUAAUCUGCUUUGCAGCUCUAGAGAUUAAGCGAUCAGCUUGAUCUCUCUGGAACUGUAAAGAUUAUUCUUCUAAAAAGGAAACUACUCGAAAAAAGGCAUGCAGUAGAGGGAAUUUACUUGAAUCUUGCUCGAUCCUACGAAUUUACGCGUACUAAAGUAAUUGGAAACGAUCAAAAGCCGAUUUCCCAAUCUUGCUUAGCGACUGAAUAAAUACGCUUCUUCCUUCUCUUUGGAUUAAUUUCAAGGAUAAUUGAUACGAAGAGAGAGAAAGA